UUGUGACAAAACUCAAAAUUGACCCAUUCAUGGCCAAAAGCUAGGAUACUUUACCUAGCUUUUGAUACUUUGUCAAAAGCUAGGAUAUCAUCUCUUUCUGAAUGGACUGAUAUCGUCAAAGCGUACCAAAAAAACUGCAAGCUACGCAUACGCUCACUGAGGGUUCUACUGUAGUAACAUGAACAGAGCCGCCGUCAGGAUUUUGCUCCUUCUAUUUUGUUGUUGUUCGCCAAAUUUCAUCUCUCUCGCUUCCGUUCGCUCGUUCGCAAAGAUGAAGUGCUUGAUCGUUCUGGCGCUGGUCGCCGCCGUAUCGGCCAAGUCCGUACUGGAGGAGCUAAAGAUCUCCGAGGAGUGGGAUACCUUCAAGACCCAGUUCGAGAAGCUGUACGGUACCGAAGAAGAGGAGGUCCGCCGCUACACCAUCUUCAAGGGCGAGGCCCGCAAGAUCGAGAUGAUCAACGCCCAGAACCUGACCUUUCAGCUGGGAGUCAACCAGUUUGCCGACAUGACCGAUGAGGAGUACGCACAGAUGCUUGGCUAUCGCCAGGACAAGUCUCUGAGCAGCGCCGAGUCUUUCGUUGGCAGCCCUGACGUGAAGCCGCCCGCCGAGGUCGACUGGGUCGCCAAGGGAUACGUCACACCAAUCAAGAACCAGGGCGCAUGUGGCUCCAGCUGGGCGUUCAGCACGACCGGCUCCACCGAAGGCCAGCACUUCAAGAAGACUGGCAACCUUGUCUUGCUGUCCGAGCAGAACCUGAUUGACUGCAGCCAAAAGGAGGGUGAUCGUGGCUGUGGCGGAGGUUUCAUGGACUAUGGCUUCAAGUACAUCAUCGAGAACCACGGCAUUGACACAGAGGAGAGCUACCCUUACACGGCCAAGGCCGGUACAUGCCGCUUCAAGGAGUCCCACGUCGGCGCCACCCUCACCAGCUACAAGGACGUCCUGCCCCGCAAGUCCGAGAGCGCCCUGCAGGAGGCUGUUGCCUCGGUUGGCCCAGUGUCGAUUGCCAUCGACGCCUCAUCGACGUAUUUCCGCUACUACAAGCACGGAGUCCUGAUCGACAACAAGUGCACCAACGCUUACCCGAAUCACGCUGCCCUGGUUGUCGGCUACGGUGUUGAGGAAGAGCAGGACUACUGGCUGGUCAAGAACACCUGGGGUACCAGCUGGGGAGACAAGGGAUACAUCAGGACGGCACGUAACCAUGACAACAUGUGCGGGAUCGCCACGGACGCCAGCUAUCCGAUCGCCUAAGCACACAUCGCCGGGACAGCGCCGUCAAAGAAAAAGCGCUCGCACACGCCUUUGUCGUGUGAUGUUGUAACUUAUCUACCAUCAGUAUAGCUGAUUGCCACCGCCACAGCUGCUGCUGCUGCUGCUGCUGCUGCUGCUUGUGUGGCGCAAUCUUCCUUACACUAUCAGCCCGGAUCAUCCAUUCGCGCUAUGAUCCAAGCUUGCAGCCUAUAUCAAUCCUAUCUUCUGAAAAUUGUGGUCAGCUUGCUGUCUGAUGAUCGAUUAAAACCGUGAAACUCAGAGUUACAGAAGAAACGCUUUUCAUCCCUCUCAAGUGUGUUUAUUUUAUAUAAUGUAUAAUAUUAUUUCACCGUCCAAUGGCAGAAGCCAAUGCAAAGGAGGGGGCGUUAGCCCUCCAUGGCAAGAGAAGGAAAAAAAGAAAAGAACAUAAUUAUGUGACUCCCGUCCUGAAUCCGACAAAUGGCAUACCAGUCUAACUGUACAAUGUAGCUAGUGUGUUCAGCAGUAGCAGCAGUCGUCCCCUUUAUUCUCAUUCUCCUGUUCUUCUCUGCUGUACUGGCAUUGUCAAGGUUUACUGUCUCGCUCUGCCAACGUCACUGUGCGUGAUCAUGUAUGUCGCUGUGUUCGACAGUUUUGACUUUUCUCCGAGUUUAUGUGGGCCAGUUCUGGGAUGCUGUUUGCCGCUGUGAGCGUUUUGUUCUCUUUCGUAAAAUCGAUACUGGACUCUG